AUGAAGGUUGGAAUUAUAUUUUUUGGUUUAGUCUUUUUUGUGGUACUUGGAGCGUGUAACAAUGUGAAGGAAAGGAUUUUUAAGAAUAUUAAAAGAAGAACAAAAUUUAUUAUAUUGAAUGAGCCCAUAGUAGAUUUAAGUUUUAGUGAGAAUUUAUUUCAUACUUUAUUAUUUGAUUUAGAUGUAGAUAAGAAUUUAUAUACAUUGGAUGAGAGUUUAUUAAAUCUUCAGAACUUGAAUUAUUCCUCAAUAUUUCGUUUACUUGUUGAUACCUAUAAGAAUAUAAAAGAAAAUGAAGAUGAUAAUAAAAAUAUUCGAUAUAUAUUUUUAGGUACAUCGUUUUCACGUAUUCAUCCCUUAAAUUUUGAAUAUUUUUUAAGAAAGCUGAACAAAUAUAUAUAUAAUGGAAACAUAUAUGAAAAGGGUAAUGUGGAUAUGAGAGGAAUAUUGGAAGAAUAUAAUAAGGAGAUUGAAGAGAAGAAACUAGAAAAACAAAAACUGAACAAGAUCAAAGAUAAGAAUAAUAAUAAUAAUAAUAAUAAUAAUAAUAAUAAUAAUAAUAAUAGUAAAUUUUCGAAAGAUGAUAAUAAUGAUGACUUUAAUAAUAAGAAUGAUUUGUACAAUCCAUCGGAUAAAUUAUACAAUAAUAAUGAUGAUAUCGAUGUACAUCAACUUUUAGAAGAGAUUAUUACAAAAGAAAAAAGGUUUUUCUUAAACGAUGAUGAUGAUAAUGAUAGUAAUGAUAAAUAUAUAUUAAAAACGGAUGAGGAUAAUAAAUAUAAAGGAUUUUUUAUAGGAUAUGGUUUUAAUGAUGAUAUACCAUCAGUAAUUCAUCAUUAUAAUUUUGAUAAAAACUUUUUAUUUCCUUCUUUAAAUAGUGGUAUUAUAUUAGAUAUAACAUUAUUAAAAAAUAUAUAUGAAGUUUCUAAUAUAUUAUUAUCUAAUAAUGAAAAGGAUCAAUCUAUUCAUAUAGAUUAUAUUUAUGAAGUUACAAAAUAUAUAAAAGAAAAUUUAAGAGUACGUUUAACACAUUCAGAAAAUGUAUGUUUAAACGAAGAACAAAAUAUUCAUUUAUUAGACAAUGAUCCUAAUAAUUUCGAAAUAUAUAAAUAUUAUCAAGUGUUGAACUUAUUUAAAGAUUAUAAUAAGAAUACACAAGAACAGAAAAAUGAAAAAAUUGAGCAUGAAAAUAAUAAACAUGAAGAAACAUCAUCUGAAGGUAAUGAAAACCUUAAUAGAAAUACCAAACAUAAUAAUAAUAAUAAUAAUAAUAAUGAUAAUAAUAAUAAUUAUAGUGAAGAUGCGAUUGCUGAAUUACUUCUCUCCUAUUUUAAUGUGUUCUAUCCAAUAUCUACAUGUAUGUGCUAUUCAAUCAGAUCCAAACAUGAAUCUCUAAUGGAUUAUGAUAAAUAUCAUAUGAUCAAUUUAGAAAACGAUAUAAAAUUAAAACAUUAUAUAAAAGAAACAGAAGACAUACAUUUUAAUAGUAUUGAAGAAUAUAAAAUGAAACUUAAUCGUAUUAAUUAUAAAUAUGAUACAUUAUUAGAAGAAAAUGAAAAUUUACUAACACAUAAAAAUAUACUCAUAGGUAUAAAAACAAGUAUAAAUACAGAAGAAGAAAGAAUUCCACAUAUUAAAAAUACAUAUGAUAAUAAAGAAAAUACACAAAUUAUAUUUAAUACAUUCAACUAUGAUAAUAAAUUAAAAGAAAAAAAUACAUUUGGAUUUUAUAAUAAUUCCCUUUUACAAAAUGCUUUAGAAAAUGAUAAUAUAGAUUUAGAUAUUAUCUAUAUGUCAGAUAAAGAAAGCGAAAAAUAUGAUAAUUUAUAUUUUAAUUCUAAUGUAACAUCAAAAGAAGGAUUAUGUGAAAAAUUAAAACAUAUGAUAUAUUAUUAUUAUGAAGAACAUGUUAUGAAAAAUUCAGAAAAAAAAUAUUUCUUUAUUGCGGAUGAUGAUACUUUUGUUAAUGUAAAAAAUUUAAUAGAUGUAACAAAUUUAACAUUAAAUACUUGUUCACAUUCUAAAAAAUAUAUGUAUGAUAAAUAUAUCAAAUCUUAUGAUUUUGUUAAAGAAAAUGAAGCCUUAUUUCUUCAAAAUUUUCCAAAAAAAACUUUAUUUCUUUAUUCUUAUUUGAAGGAUACCUUUGCCAAAACUAUACAAACCUUGAAGAAAUAUGACUAUGUUCCUAAAUACUGUCAGGGUGGUAUCAUAUCAAAAAAACAUAUAAAUAAUGAUGGUGAUGAUCAUCACAUGGAUAAUAAGCAAAAUAAUGAUAGUACUAAUCAUCGAGAUAUUGAAAAAAAUCAGGUAAAUGUAGUAAAUAAUAAUAAAGCAAAAUCCAUACCUAUAUACUUAGGAAGAAGAUAUUCAUAUAAUACAUUUUCUACAAAUUCAAAUGAAUAUUUUUAUGAUUAUUUAACUGGUGGUGCUGGUAUUCUAAUUAAUGAUGAAACAGCUAAACGAAUAUAUGAAUGCAAAGAAUGCACAUGCCCAUCAACAAAUUCUUCAAUGGACGAUAUGAUAUUUGGGAAAUGGGCUAAAGAAUUAGGAAUUUUAGCCAUAAAUUUUGAAGGAUAUUUUCAAAAUUCUCCACUUGAUUAUAACAAAAAAUAUAUUAAUACUCUUGUACCUAUUACAUAUCAUAGAUUAAAUAAAAAUAGAACAACCAAAGAAUCAAGAGAUAUGUAUUUUAAUUAUCUAGUAAAUUAUAAUAGAAAAGAUAAAGAACAAAAUAAAGACAUUUAUGUAGAUUAUCUAGAUAGAAAUCAUAAAAAUAUGAUAGAUAAUGUAUUUCAUUACUUUUUUUAUGUAAAUAUGUAUGAUGAAAAAAAUGCUUCACAAAAAAACAAGGUCGUCACCAAAAUUGAGCACAGUGCUGAUAUGAACAGUAAAACGAAUAAAUCAAAGAACACACAAAGAUUAAAUAAUACUCAAGGGGACAAAAAUGUGAAAGGUGAUGUAAAUAUGAAAGGUGAUGUAAAUAUGAAAGGUGAUGUAAAUAUGAAAGGUGAUGUAAAUAUGAAAGGUGAUGUAAAUAUGAAAGGUGAUGUAAAUAUGAAAGGUGAUGUAAAUACAAUUGAUGUAAAUACAAAUGGUGAUGAAAAUAAUUACAAUGUGGAUAAUAUGGAAAACAUAGAUGAUAUUAUUAAUAUGGUUGAAAGCGUUGAUGAUGAUAAUGAUAUGGAACGUAACAAAAAAGGAACGGAUAAAGAAAAAAAGGAUGAUAAGAAUCAUAAUAAUGAAGAAAAAGCUACAAAUGUGAAAAAAUCAAGUGUAUCUACUAAUAUAGAUAAAAAUGAAGACACUACAAAAUAUGUCAUAAAAAUGAAUGAAAAAAUUUAUAAUAGAAUGCAAGAAAGUGAUAAAUACAAACAAUUAUUCGAUAUAAAUAAAUUUUUCAAAAAAGAAAUCGAAGGGCAUCCUUAUUUUCAAAAAAUAAAAAAAAAGAAUGAAAAGGCCAAAAAAGAAAAAGAAAAAAUCAAUCAAUUAAAAAAACAAAAGGAUUAUACAAAUAAUUAUUUCCAUUCAUCAAAUAUGCAGGGAAAUUUUAAUCAACAAAAAAUGGGAAACUAUCAAAAUCAAGAGAAUGAAGAAAAUGAUUUUUUUGAUCAACGUCCUGAAAUAGAAGAAGAUGCAAUUAAUCCAAUGGAUUAUGAAGAAUAUAUGGAAAAUUUAUCAAAUUUUGAAGAUGAUGGGGAACCAUAUGAUGAAUAUGAUGAUUAUGAUGAUUUCGUAAAUACAAUUAAUGCAGAUAAAUUAAAAAUUAAUGAUCAAAAUAAACACUUAUAUGAACAAAUCAAAGAUAUAGCACAACCACCUGUUAAUUUCCAAAAUGAUCAAAAUUCAAAUACUUUUGAUUUUGACACAGAUGAGUUGUAA